AUGGCAACGGAGCCAAGGGCUAGCAGGAAGAGGACCGAGCGGCAGGAAGAGGACCGAGCGGCAGGAAGAGGACCGAGCGCGGGAGGAGGACUGGGCGGCAGGAGGAGAACCAAGCGGCAAGAGGAGGGCCGAGCGGCAGGAGGAGUAACAAGAAUCGACUUUGACGAUCCGUCGACCACCAAGCCCCCGAGCUUGGCCAAGUCGGCAGUUCUGCAGGCCCUCGAGGAAGAGGAGCGCCAGCAGAGCCGUGGAAAAGGUUUCCUUCAGCAGUCACGUCCGAGCCGGUCCAGACAGCGGGAACCGGUGCCGGGGCCGGAGCGUGCGCGGACGCCCUGCAUCAACCGGGACACGGUUCUGCGGAUCAACCGCCGGCCGGUGAGGCACCGCUCGUGCGACAGCUUCUGGCCUCCGCAGCAGCAGCACGGAAGCGCAAGGAGUCCCUCCCCCCGGGGCAGCAGCACCAACCUGGGGGGAGCCGAAGGUGGGUCCUUUGCAUACGACAUUGGGGCUUAUGGCCAUUACGGUAGCCACGAGAGCGUGUACUUUGACGAACGGGUUCGAAAGCAGCACAAAAUCGAACCCCUGCGGACCAUGUUUGACAAGGCGAACGUAGUCUUGGUCGACUGGGGAGGGCGGAACAAGUCGGCGGUGGCCUCCACCACCCCUCCACCGGCACCCACGAAACGGCUGAGUGAUAAUGGACUUUAUGACAGACGAUGUCAGGAAAAAGUUGUUGGCGAUGAUGAUGCUGGUAAUAAUUCCGUCAAACAAGGUGAGAUGAUUGAAAGUGAGGCGAAACCUCCCACGCCCCCCGUGCCGGACGUGGCACCUCCACGACCCCCAUCACCCCCUCCGAGGAGAUACUUUCUGCCGAUGGAACAGCUGCAAAGCGGCGUUGGGAUCGAAAUCCUUCUGCGGUGUUACGGAGGACCACCCUCGACAUCGUCACUCAACCAGAGCGAAAGUCAAGAAAUUUCCACUUCCAAGAUUGAUGAUGGUACCGACAGUCGUCAACGGGCCAAACAACAACAACAACCUCGGCCACCCCCUCCGCCAGGUUUCCAGCCCUUCACCGAGGACAGAACACUUUACCAAGACGGCAUCCAGUCAAAACCUCCACUCAAAAGCCGAGCCACGCCAACGAAGCGAUUUCCCAGCAAACCUCCCACUCCGACACCCACGAUUUUCCCCGUCAACCACAGCGACGAUCCGUCGCCGAUGACAACGGCGUACCGAGAUGAGUUCAAUAUAAAUUCAAAUACGAUUUUGAAUUUAAAUAUUGAUAACAACACUUUGCCAUCGACAACGGUUCCACGGAUCACCGUGACUGAUUGCCCCGAGCUUCGCGGGGCCACGUCAAAAACAAACGACCAAUUAUGGCACGAAAUAAUAGAUGAAAAUCAUAAUUACAAUGAAAAACUAAUUACAAACAGCAGCAGCAGCAGCAGCGGACCUCGAGCAUCCGAAUUUGACGACCUCCACCGCCCACAACUUCCUAACGAGCAGCAUUCAAAAUUAAAUGUAUCAAAUCAGGCAAAUCGUAAUUGGAUUAAUUUAAAUUCAAAUGAAAUUUAUCCCCACUCUGCUGCCCCCGAUUGGCAAGCAGCGCCAGCUGCUGCACGUGUGACAAAAACACGUGUCCGCGGCGACUCUUUCGAGGACUCCACCGCCGCCACUGCUACUAAUGACGACCCCCGCCCGGUGCUGACCGUCAUUCGCAGCCCCGUCGAUAAUUACGACAAUAAAAGUAUUAAAAGUAAUUAUUGCGCCAACGACGCCCACGGUCUCCAACGCUCCGAAAGUCGCGAUUCGGCCCGCAGCUGGCGCGUCGAUGAAGUUCUCGAGUUUCCGCCACCGCCGCCGUAUUUGUGCGAUUGCGACACCAACUCGCCACCGUCCUCCGGUAGAUGUUCCGCCGAACAGGGGCUGCUCUCGCGAGCGCAAUCCCACGAUAACCGCGCCAGAUCCACCCCGGUCGUUCCCACUGGUGACAAUCCGACAAUAUCCCGGAGCUGUCGUCAGGACUCAACUGCUGAUGUUUGUCCUAGUUUCGGUGGCCGCUGGGACGAUAAUCACACCAGGGUUACUGCUGCUUCUGCUUCUGCUACUGCUCCCGCUGCUGAUGAUUAUUUUAAAACAAAUUUAACGGAUGAUAAAUUUUUGAACGAAUGCGUAAAUACUGCAUGUAAUUUGCGCCGGGACAAGAGUAAACAUCGCCAGCUGAACUGCAGCAGCCCCGACAGUGACCAUCAACCGGGCCAGGCUUCCAACUCACUGCACAAAUCAAUUGACGCGUUUCUGGCCCACGAGCAGCGUGGCCAGGCUGGGUCCAAAAAUAGCGUCCCCGGUGCCACCCAGCAGAUGAGCUUUACCGAUGGUGAAUACGUUUUUGGCCCCUACGACGAACACUCGGAGGAAUUUCAACACUUUAAUCUGUGGAGCAGCGAGUUUCGUCAGCUGCGCCGGAAUUGCCGCCACCAGCAGCGCACGCAACGGCUCGAAGGGGGUGGUGGUGGGACCGGAUCGGACAGCAGCAGUGGGACCACGCUGGUGCCCCCACAGGCCACGUCCCACGAUGGCAGCAGCAGCUGCUCGUGUUCGGUCAUCAGCAGCAGUGACACUCUGCGUGAGGAUCCGUCCGAGAACGAAUUGGCAAAAACGCCCGAAUGGCGGCAGCCCAGCAAACAGGUGGAAAAUUAUGACGACGACGACGACAGGCCGGAAAAUGUUCCAGCCUUUGCUGCCGCCGCCGGAAAUGUGCCACCCGCCGCAACAUCCUACCACCGGUGGGUUCGUUUCGAGAACGGAAAUAUCCACCCGCCAUCGACUCCGCUGACCCGCGUUCCGACGCCCUACCCGAGUCCCACCCGGGAUGACGGGGAUGAGGCAAUUUUCGACCGGUUCGCCGAACAACUAAAAGGUUCGCGCUCUCAGGAUCAGGACGGGUCGGAGGCGUCGGUUGAGAACGUUCCCCUGAUUGAUGCCGUACUCGAUGAUUUGCUGAUGUUCUCCAAGAGUCUCACUGCUGCUGACGGCGAGAAGGGACGUGCGGCUGCAAAAAUUGUCGAGAUAAAUGAUGAUAAUUUAAUUAAUUUAUUAGCUGAUGAUGACAAUGCUGCUUCUGGGGCGACCGGAGCUAACGAGGAUUCUUCCAAGGAGACAACCACCGGGAAGAAGGAUUCUGCUGGCUUGGGGAAAAGUUUGCCUUCUAAGCCGCUGCUGGGCUCUGCAAAUAGUGACGAUGUCGUCGAUGGGGAAAAAUGUGACCAGAAUGCCAAUGAGGCACGAAAGCGCUGGGAUGUGUCGUCGGAGGACAAUUAUUUGAAGCGGGAGGACAUUUUCACCAACGUCGCCAUUUUCAACUGGAACCCGCUGGACGUUUACCAGCACCAUGGACUGUUUAUGAUCGAUCCGCGCUUUGCACUCGCUGACCUGCAUGCCACGACCGUUUGUAACGCCGACGACGACGACGACCAGACCCGCCGAAAGACCGAUGACGCACAUUCUGGCAACGGCGGCGAUGACACUGCUGCCACUGAUGGUGCAGAUCCGUCAUCGGCGAACGUGAAUUCAUUUGCAACUCAACGAGCGCGCCAAGACGGCAUCCUCCUGCUGGAAAGCCAUAAAAUCCCGAACGACAACCGUCCGUCGACGGGAACAACGGUGGACCAUUUUUACGACUCAGCUCACGUCGAAUAUCCGGUUCGGUGGCCAGACUUGAGCUUGAGCAACGCCACAAAGGAAUGCCAUCAAUCGCCACCACCGCCGACGCCGUUGGUGGAAUCUGAUUAUGAUAAUGAUCUGGCCAAGAAGUGCAACCCGCAAAAGGACGCCGUUGACGGCGGCGAGGAAGGUUUGAAGCGCGUUGCUUGGCCACCAUCCGCAGAGGGUGGUGACGAGUACGAGCAGGUACAGCAGCAGCAGCCCCAGCAACAACAACCCCAACAGCAGCAGUACUAUCAGCAACCUCAACAACAACAAGCACCCGCUUUUCAACAGUAUCAACAACCAGCUCAACAGCAGCAGCAGCCCCGCGAACGCAUCAUCCCAAUUCAAAGGGAAUAUUUUUGGGAUUGUUUGUCUCCUGCAAAGAACCUGGUCUUGCCCAUUCAAGAAAUUUUGUCGAAUACAACACAAAUUUACCUCGCAAUCCAAUUUAGAGAAAGCAUAAAAAAAGGUAGGCUUAGUGAUUCUUCACGCUCGAAGAUUGCAAAUUUCACGGUGACCUCUAUUUCAAAACACCAAAUUUCACACAAAUUUCGCGCAACGUGAAAAUUUUUAAAAUAACUCUGAAAAUCUUGUGUUUAAAUCACAGAUACUACUUUUAAUGCUUCAUUAUAUAUUAUUCUUCAAUAUACUAAAAAAAUCACUAGAUUUGAACGAGACACAACAAAAAAUCUCCUAAUUUUCAAAAAAGUUUC